CAGAGAAAGAGGCUGGUCAGAGCUGUAUUUUAUUCUAGCUCGCUAUUGUGGUACAGGGAGCCGCAGACACGCUGUGAGGAAGUGGAUUUAGGCACUGGACACAGAUCUGCACAUCCAUGGAUUACCAGCAGAGGGAUGUUGGAGGCUAAUGUGGCUAACAUUAGCAUGACGGCUAAGCCCAGAGAGCUGGACCUGAGGUCUGCUGCUGUCUCCUGCCUGGAAACUUCAGCCCAGGCCAUGGCCUCCAGGAAGCCCUCGGCCAAGCCCUCGGCUCUGCCCCAGGGACCUCCACGUCCCUCCGGGUCAGAGCUCAAGGUCUACCGGCCCACGUCUGGAUCUAUCCCUAUCCCAAUCCCCAAUCCGUCCGGGCUCCGCAAGCAGCGAUCACUCAGCAACUUGUCUGUGCUCACCGAUGCUGAGAAGAAGCUGCACCUUUACCAGUCUCCCCGCUGGAAUGAUGAUACGAGCCGGCAUGGCGCUGGCGCCAACAAGCCGGGCCAGACUAAGACAGGUCAAGCUGGUGGUGGGAAACCGCCACUUUCUCGGACCCUUUCCAAGUCAGAACAGUCUCUUUUCCAGGGGAAGCCCAAACCUUUCUGUUCCCCGUCUGUGACUUCUAACGUGAGCAAGCCGAGUCGAAUCCCUGCACCUGGUAAACCAAGGGGACCUUAUGCUGAGGUCAAGCCCAUCAGCAAGGCUUCUGAGGCAGGCCAGAGUGCAGACACAGACCCUGCAGACCACCCCACUAAAGCUAACUCCAAUGGAGCUGGGAAUACAGGGAGUAAUGGCAAGAAACUAGGGGAGAAGGGGAGAUCUUCAGCUCUGUCAACAGAGGAGAAGAAAGAGAGGAAGGGGAUAGAGGGAGAAGAUGAUAAGGGCUUUCUGAAGGUGGACCCAGAGUUAGUGGUGACGGUUCUGGGAGACCUGGAGCAGCUGCUCUUCAGCCAAAUUCUUGACCCGGAGUCCCAGAGGAAGAGGACUGUGCAAAAUGUUCUGGACCUUCGGCAGAACCUGGAGGAAACCAUGACCAGCCUGAGAGGAGUGCAGCUCAGCCACAGCUGUGUGGAGGGCACCAUGUGCUACGACAGCGAUGAAGCUGCUGCGUUCUCGAUUUCCAGCCUGUCAAAUCGCUCCUCUCCACUGUCAUGGCGCCAGGGUCAAGCCAGCCCCCGCCUGCAGGCUGGCGAAGCUCCGUCCACAGGUAACACGCAGUCAGAAGUUCCCCUCCGGAUCAACCACACCUCUCGCAUCCACCUCAUCGAAGCACUGGAUGACUCGGAUCCAUCCCUCCUGAAGGGAGAUUACCUCAGCAAUAGCGACCUCGACAGGAAGAGCCCAAACGAGGAUGAUGAUGAAGAUGACGAUGAUAUUGAUGAUCUGGGGAAUGGUUGGGAUGAGAGCAGUUCCAUCAGCAGUGGUUUGAGUGACGGCUCCGACAACCUGAGCUCUGAAGAGUUCAACACGAGUCCCACCCUCAACUCCCUUCCUACCACUCCCAUUGGCUCCCGCAGAAACUCAGCCAUUGUGAUGCGUACGGACGCAGAAAAGAGAUCUCUGGUGGAGAGCGGUCUGUCCUGGGACACUGACGAUUCCAAACCCAGCCGCAAGAGCCACGGCAGCGGCGUCUACGAUACAGGAAGUCUCAAGUCUGAAUCAGCCAAUAAAUGGAAAAAGACACGGACGCAGGGGGAGGGGCUGGAAGGAGGCAAGGGCGAACUGAAGAAACCUCAGACCCUGGGGCAGGGAAAUAUGUUGAAGAAGGGAAGAAACCCACCUGUGGGAGUCACCUCGCCGAUCACACACACCUCUCAGAGCGGACUGAAAGUGGCAGGUACAGUAAAGUCAGAUGGGAAACCAAUGGAUAAGUCUCGGUUAGCAGUGAAGACCUCCGGCCUUCAGCGCUCCUCUUCUGAUGCUGGUAAAGACCACAGAAAUGGUACCGGUGCUGGUGAGCAACGUAAACCUCCGUCCGGCCUGGUCAGGCCCUCAACUGGUGGAAACUUUGGCUUCAAGAAGGCCACCACAGCUAGCAGUAAUGGAACCAGCAAUACCAGUUUGCCCACUGUUAUGAGUACAGGUGGCAGUGCCAUACCCUGUGGCUCUGCAACUGUGGGGAAGAUUGCCAAAACGUCAGGUAUUCCUGUCAAACCAGGCGCUGGUGGUGGAGGAGGACGUAAGACAAGUCUGGAUGUUUCAAACAGCGACCAGAGUGGUUUUCUGUCACCAAACGCCAGGACAUCUCUCCAGUACCGCUCUCUGCCACGCCCAGCAAAGACAAGCACCCUGACUCUAACCCGGCCCAGCUCAGCUCGGCCAGUGAGCACUACCAUGGACACAGGCUCAGGGCUGAUGAAACCCUCCACCACAGCGCCCCAGGGCUCGAGGCUCAAAGAGCCCGCCUCGGGGCUUGGUUCUGGAACAGGGUUGAGUAAGCCAGGGGGUCGUGGGAUCCCGAGUCCCAGUCCUGUCAAUCAGACAGACAGAGAGAAAGAGAAAGAGAGGGCCAAAGCUAAAGCUGUAGUAUCUGACUCUGAGUGUGGAGGUGGGUCUCUGAAGGGCAGCCCUGCUCAGACCCCCUCAGAGAAUGGAGGGAAGCUGCAAGGGCUGAGACCUCCCAGCAGCGGCAAGGGCAUGGACUUGCCCUCACCGAACACACACAGGUUAUCUGGGGUGCGCAGCCUGGCAAAACCUCCAUCCAUGGCCCAGCUUGACAAGCUGAACUCCAAUAGCCUAGAGGAGGGAGUUCAUGACUCCCUGCCGCCUCAGAUUCCUCCCUACUCUAAACUCCAGGACCUGGCCAGCUCAGUAGGUAGCUCUGCUGGCCCCUGCCUGACCCCCAGCCCAGCACCAUUACUCAAUGUGAACUCUUCAGCCUGCUUCUCGAGCUCGGGGGCAGGGUUGGGGCCCAGGCAGGUCUCUUCACUCGGGGUUGAAGGGAGCAGAGGGAGUACCUCUCCCCUACUGUGCCCUCGUCUGUCCGGGCUGCAUCGCAGCAUGGAGUCACUGCCUCUCCAGAUGAGUCUGGCCCCAGAGCCUCAGGAGAGAGAGAGGGAGAGGGAGAAUUUGGUGAGAGGCUACACAACCAUUGAGUCCCGAGACCAAGAUAGACAGGAGGACAGAGGCCCUCCUGCCAGCUGGAGCUCUGGAAGUAAAAUUUCAAUCUCUCUCAUAGACAGUUCUCAGAGAGACAGAAACACACUGCCAAAGAAAGGUUUAAGUUUCAGCGGUGCUUCCCAGGUUGAGGAGGAAGGGAAGGAGAAAGGAGAGAGGAGACACUCUCAUACUAUUCUGAGUAUGACAGACUCGCUCACUCUUCCACUGUUGUCCUCACCCACCUCACUGCCCCGCACCUCCAAGACAAGCAGCAUGGUACCAAGCCCUGUCGGUGGUCCUCCGAGGAUGACUCGAUCCAACAGCAUCCCAACACAAGAUGCUUCUCUGGAGCUGUACGGAGCGUCUCCACUGGGCAGCACGCUGUCACUGGCUGAACGCCCCCGCAGCAUGGGAAUGGUUCGCUCCGGAUCCUUCAGGGACAAAGAGCAUGAUGAAGUUCAUGGGUCUGUACUCUCACUGGCAUCCAACGCCUCGUCAAGCUACUCUUCGGUGAGUGUGGGCGACAUGCACACUCAGCAAAUCCGUAAGCUGAGGAGGGAGCUGGAGUCGUCCCAGGAGAAGGUGUCUAACCUGACGACACAGCUGACAGCAAAUGCAAAUCUGGUGGCCGCCUUUGAGCAAAGCUUGGCACUGAUGACAGCUCGGCUGCAGAGUCUGUCAGUAAGCCACGAACAGAAGGACUCAGAGCUGAUGGAUCUGAGGGAGACCAUCGAAGCUCUGAGGACCAGGAAUGAGGAAGCCCAGGCUGUCAUACAUGGAGCCUUAAACAACCCAGACAACAUGAAAGACCUGCGAAUCCGACGUCAGAACUCAUGUGAGAGCAUUUCCAGUCUCAACAGCCUGACCAGUAUGUCGAGCAUGGGCAGCUUGAAGGACCAAGAUGCCAAGAAGAAGAAGAAAAAGAGCUGGGUCUUUGAGCUGAGGAGCUCCUUCAACAAGGCAUUCAGCAUUAAGAAAGGCUCCAAAACGUACUCAGACAUUGAGGAAAUCGCCACCCCGGACUCCUCAGCUCCCAACUCCCCAAAGAUGCUUCAUGAGGGGGUAGAAGGAGGAGAAAACCAGCCCUCAUCCCUCAAAACCUCGACCUCUGCCACCUCCUCUGUGAUCAUGGAGACUACUGAAGAGGGAGACAACGAGGAAACGGCGGUAUCAGAGCUACGCUCAGAACUCUGGCUGAAAGAGAGAGAACUUACAGAAAUCCGCCUGGAGGCUCUAAGCUCCGCACAUCAGCUGGAGCAGCUCCGAGAAACCAUGAACAACAUGCAGUCAACGGUGGAGAACCUGAAGGCGGAGAAUGACCAUUUGAAAACAGGAAGUCAGCUGCAUCUCCCUGGCUCCGGUCCCACCUCUUCCACUUCCCAGCCUUCAGGCCUCGCCUCUCUCCUGGGACCCUCACUGAGGCAGCCGAUGAGUAUGUCCCUCACCAAGUCCUUCAGCCUCAGUCUGAAUGACUGUAAAGAUCCCGACUUGUCUCCAGUUGACACAUUAAGUGUGUCUUCCCAGCUGGAUGAGGUGCAUGCACGAGUAUUGGUCCGCAUUGGAGAUCAACCAGAGGACAGUAAGCAGCAGCAGGAGUACUACCUGGGCUCAGUGCUGGUCAAUGCGAGGACCGACUGGGCCUGUCUCGACUCUGUUAUAGCUAAGACCUUCAAGGACUACCUAACUCAAGUGGACCCUACUGCCAGCCUGGGUCUGUCCAGUGAUUCGCUGCACAUGUACCAGCUGACCCAGGGAGGCAAGAGGGUGAUGGGAGGGGACAAGCCUCAGACCUCACCUUAUCGCUGUCUUGGCAGUGGUUCAGCUCGAAUAUUUGUCACCUUGAAAGGUCUUGGAGAAAACUGUGUUGACUCACUGGUGUUUGAGACUAUGAUUCCUAAGCCGAUGAUGCUGCACUACAUCAGCUUGCUGCUGAAGCACAGACGUCUCGUUCUGUCUGGGCCCAGCGGGACAGGAAAGACUUACCUGGCCCAGCGUCUGGCCCACUACCUCCUGCAGCGCAGCCGGACUGCCUCGUCUGAGGCCGACCGUGAGACCUGCGUCCUGGGUCGCAGCGCUGCCGUCACCUUCAACAUGCAUCGUCAGUCGCAGAAGGACUUGCAGUUGUAUCUGUCUGAUCUAGCAAAUCAGAUUGACAGAGAUAGUGGAGGAGAACUGCCGCUGGUUGUGAUUAUAGAUGACAUCAGUGACUCAGCAGCCAUCACUGAGCUUGUUAAUGGAGCACUUACCUGCAAGUAUCACAAAUGUCCUUACAUCAUUGGAACAACCAAUCAGCCUGUGAAGAUGACAUCUAACCACAGUCUACAUCUUAGCUUCAGGAUGGUAAUGUUCUCCAACAAUGUGGAACCGGCUAAUGGGUUCCUGCUGAGGUAUCUGCACCGUAAAGCUGUAGAGGCCUACCAAGAGAAGGAGCGAGACUCAGCACGCCACCAGGCUCUCCUUCACGUACUGGACUGGGUCCCUCAGCUCUGGUACCACCUCCACGCUUUCCUGGAGAAACACAGCACUUCAGACUUCCUCAUAGGUCCCUGCUUUUUCCUGUCGUGCCCAGUAUCAGUGGCAGAGUUCAGGCAGUGGUUCAUUGAUCUGUGGAACCACUCCAUCAUACCAUACCUGCAGGAGGGAGCCAAAGAUGGCAUCAAGGUGCACGGGCAGAAGGCAGUAUGGGAGGAUCCAGUGGAGUGGGUUAGAGGGACUCUCCCUUGGCCGAAUGCACAGCAGGACCAGUCCAAGCUCUUUCACCUACCUCCCCCCAGCAUAGGCCCACCUAGUGAAGAGAAGAAGCCCCCCAAAGAUACACCUCCACCCAGCACACUGGAGUCAGACCCACUGAUGGCAAUGCUGCUGAAGCUGCAGGAGUCGGCCAACUACAUCGAGUCUCCAGAGCGGGAGGGCUGCCUGGAUCCCACUCUGCAGGCUACACUCUGAGGAUGACAUGCAACUGUCAGUCAGGCUAUGGAGCUCCGGGCUCUUUAUCACGGCUGACACUGCGGAUGUAGUCCCAAUGAGACUUUAAAGACUCUAUUAACUUUGCUGUGUGCUCAGUGAGCAGCUACAAAGCUAAAUGUAAAGGACCUACAGAGAGAGACAGAGUGAUUAUGGACGAAGGGCUUGUUCUGCCCUGCUAUCAGAACAUGAGAAAGACAAACUGCUUCCAUAGGAAGCUGCGAUGAUCAUGUCAGGGAAAGACUUGUCUCUUCUCUGCCCUCAAUUUGUUCCACAUGGGUUGUUGUUGAAUCUGCAAGUGCAUGGUAACCGGAAUAGUAUGAUGCAAAAUAUUACCUAUACUCCUAAUGAUCAAGACCCAUUCUUUUCUUUUCUUUUUUGCUUUUGAUUGUCAGAACUUUCGCGGCAACUAUUGGUGCUUACCGUAUAGGGUUUUUUUGAAGGCGCAUGCUUCAGUUCACAAAGAAAUUCAGAGGUAACUCUGUAGGAUGGUCACUCGACAACAGCCAAAAAUGCACUUUAUUUUCUACUUGUGGUAAUUGGAUUUUAGGAGGCUGUGCCAGUGACUGUGUAUCCAAUGUAGGACUAUCGGUUUGCCCAAAUCAUGCAGUUCAUGAGUAAUUCCUCUAGAUGGCAGCAUCUACUCUUUCCUGCCUCAGUGCUCUCCUGGUGAGCUCUCUGACUUCUCAAAGGUGCUCAGUAUAGAACAUAACACACUCUGUGAUAACACAACUUGAAUGCGAAUUUGCUUUUUUUCUUAUCUGCUCAGCCAUUGUGUCAUUCAUGGAUCAAAUAUCAGAAGCUGUGAAGCUAUAUGAGAAACAUGCAUGGGUGAAUAAUGAACAGAAUAAUGAAUCGGAUUUAGGGUCAGUCUGUAAAGAAAACGUAAUCAUCAGUGGACUCAGUACCUGCCGGUUUCCUCCAGUCAGGUACUGAUAUAAUAACUGCAGAAACAGAUGCUGACCCAGCUCAACAUACUGUAUUGUAAACUCACAAGGAAAAAAACAAAAACUUCUUGUUUGUCUUGUCUGCCAAACAGCCUACCACUUCUGGCUAUUCCUCCGCAUAUUCUGUAUUUAAAUAUCGGUUUUAAGACACAAAAUUCUCUUGUGAUAGAUGAGAAGACAGCUUUGAAAAUCUUGAUUUUGUAGGAUUUUAUACUGAGUCACCUUCAACGAUCGUCCGUAUACAGCAGCUACCACCUAUGUAUACCUAGCAUGCCAUUAUCAGACAGUGCAGAUGCGAAAUACUACUGUCGCCAUGUUCAUCAUACCACAGGGCCGGAGUGGAGAACAUCAGUAAAAAAAAAAAAAAAAAUUGCCCCCAAGUGAUAAGAAUCUGUAGAAGAAGAAAUUUCCUUCCUCAUUGCAUUUGCUCUUUAU